AUGGGACUCCAGAUGUAUACUCUCGGGCUUUUGCUCGGACUUGCACUGAAAUCCAAUGCUGCUGGGAAUAUCACUGACGAUUCUUACUUCUACGGCCUAUCUCCGCCUGUUUACCCCUCGCCUGAGGGUACUGGCUCGGGCGACUGGCAAGCUGCCUACCAGAAAGCCAAGGCAUUCGUUGGCAAACUCACCCCCGAGGAGAAGGUCAACCUGACUGCUGGAACAUCCGUCAGCAAUGGCUGCUCCGGCAACAUUUCUCCCAUCCCUCGUCUCGACUUCCCCGGCUUCUGCGUCUCGGAUGCUGAAAAUGGCCUGAGAGGAACCGACUAUGUUAGUAGUUGGCCAUCCGGUCUCCAUGUCGGAGCCAGCUGGAACAAGGGCCUUGCCAAGCAGCGAGGAGCGCUCAUGGGUGAAGAAUUCCGCAAAAAGGGCGUCAACAUGGUUCUUGGUCCUGUUGCCGGACCUCUGGGUCGUAUCGCCGAGGGCGGUCGUAACUGGGAAGGCUUUGCCGACGACCCAUACCUCAGCGGUGGUCUGAUCUACAACACCGUCGAUGGUAUUCAGUCCGCUGGUGUGGGAGCGUGCACCAAGCACUAUAUCGGAUACGAACAAGAGACCAACCGUGUCCCAGAGGAUAAUGCGCAGGGAGAGUAUACCGAGGCCGUGUCGUCCAAUAUUGAUGACAAGACUAUGCACGAACUGUACCUCUGGCCCUUCUAUGAUGCCGUCGCGGCUGGUAGUGCAUCCAUUAUGUGCUCGUACCAGCGUGUCAACAACUCCUAUGGCUGCCAGAACAGCAAGACUUUGAACGGUCUUCUCAAGACCGAGCUCGGCUUCCAAGGCUACGUUAUGACCGAUUGGGGUGCGCAGCAUGCCGGUAUCGCUGCCGCUAAUGCUGGCUUGGACAUGGUUAUGCCUUCCACCGACAUGUGGGGUGAAAACCUCACCAUUGCCAUCAAAAAUGGCUCUAUGGAGGCUUCCAGACUGGAUGAUAUGGCAACUCGUAUUAUGGCAACCUGGUACCAGCUUAACCAGGAGAAGGGCAUCCCCAAUCCCGGAAUUGGAAUGCCGUCUGAUGUCAACUCUCCUCACCAACGAGUUAUUGGAAAGUCGGCCGACUCCAAGGAGGCUCUCCUCCAGGGCGCCAUUGAAGGUCACGUCCUGGUAAAGAAUACCAACGCCGCCCUGCCUCUUAAGGCUCCCAAACUUGUGUCGGUGUUCGGAUACGAUGCUGUGAAUGCCGAUUAUCUUAAUGUUGCUCUCCCCUCGGUCUCCCAGCCCACCGCAACCCAAAACAGCACCCUGUACGUCGGAGGCGGCUCGGGUGCCAACUCCGCUGCUUAUGUUGAUUCUCCUCUUGAGGCAAUCAACCGUCAGGCCUAUGAGGACAACACUUCCGUUAUGUGGAAUAUCUAUUCCCAGGAUCCCGAUGUUGAUCCUACCUCGGACGUCUGCUUGGUCUUGGUCAAUGCCUACUCUACCGAGGGCUUCGAUCGUCCCGGUUUGACUGAUGACUACAGCGACACUUUGGUCACCAAUGUCGCUCAAAAGUGCUCUAACACCGUGGUCGUGAUUCAUAACGCUGGUAUUCGUAUCGUCGAUGACUGGAUCGAGAAUGAUAACGUCACCGCUGUCAUGUUCGCCCACUUGCCAGGCCAAGAUACCGGUCGCUCCCUCGUUGAUCUUCUCUAUGGCCAUGCCAAUCCGUCUGGCAGACUUCCUUACACCGUCGCCAAGAAGGCAUCUGACUACGGAAACAUCCUGUCGCCAGCCCUGCCUGAGGGCAAGUACUGGUUGUUCCCGCAGGCUGACUUUACCGAGGGUCAAUUCAUCGAUUAUCGCGCGUUUGACUCGAAGGAUAUUACUCCCCGGUUCGAAUUCGGAUUCGGCCUGUCUUACACAACCUUCAAGUACUCUGGAUUGAAACUGCAGAAGUCAAGCAAGCCCACUUCGCAGUACCCCCCUACUGCAGAUAUAUUAGAGGGUGGUAACCCCCAUCUGUGGGAUGAGCUUGUCACUGUCACCGUCCAGGUCCAGAACAGUGGCAGCGUUGAUGGUGAUGAGGUUGCUCAGCUUUACCUCGGAAUUCCCGGCGGACCGGUCCGUCAGCUCCGUGGAUUUGAGAAGGUUACUAUCGGCAGUGGCAAGAGCGAGACUGUCACUUUCUUGUUGACAAGAAGGGAUUUGAGUAGUUGGGAUGUAAAUGCUCAGCAGUGGGCUCUGCAGGAGGGUCAGUACAAGGUCUAUGUCGGACAGUCGAGCCGUAAUCUGCCCUUGACAACUACAUUCAGCAUCUAG